AUGUGUCCAGGGACUAUCCCAGGGGGGGGCGGCGCCCCCAAAAACCCUCACAGGGAUGGCAGCGUCCCCAGGUGCCCCUCUCCGGGGCGACGACGCCCUCAGGGAUACGCCCAGGGACAACGGAGCUCCCAUGGGCUCUUCCAGGGGUGGCAGCGACCCCAGGGGCUCUUUCAAUAUGGCGGCGCCCCCAUAGGUCCUCCCAGUGGUGGUGGCGCCCCCAGUCGCCAUCCCAGGGACAGCGGCAUCCCCACUACCCAGGGACCCUCACAGGGGUGGCGGAGCCCCAAGGGACUCUCCCAGGGACGGCAGGACCCACAAUUACCUUUCCAGGGGCACCGACGCCUCCCGGGACCCUUCCAUGGGGGUUGGUGCCCCUCCUACGGCUCUCCCAGGGCUGUUGGCAUUCCCAGAGCAAUACUCAGGGGUGGCAGCGCACCCAGAGGCCCUACUAGGGAUGGUGGCGCCACCAUAGGCCAACUCAAUGGCGGCGGUACCCCCAGGGAGCCUACCAGAAGCGGUGGUGCCCUCCGGGACACCUUCAAGCAAAGUGGCGCUCCCAAGGACCUUUUCAGGGACCCUCUGAAGGGCGGCGGCGCCCCCAAAUACCUUCCCAAGGAUGACGUCACCUUCAGGGAUCCUCAGCCCACACUCCCAGGGGCCCUAUCAAGGGUGGCGACGUCCCCAGGGGCAUUCCCAGUGUUCGGUGGCGCCGCCAGGGGCCCUCCCAGGGCAGGUGAUGCUCCUAGGUUUCCACUUAGGGGUGGCAGCGCCUUCAAGGGCCCUUUCAGGGGAGUAGCACCCCCAGGGGCCCUCUCGGGGGUGGUGGCGCCAACAUGGGCCCACUCAGAGGCGGUGGUGCCCCAACGCACCCUCUCAGAUGCGGUGGCGCCCCCAGGGACACUUCAAGGGACAGCAGGACCCCCACGGACAUUCCCAGGGACCCUCCCAGGGGCGGCAGUGCCCCCAGAGGCUCUCUCAGGUGUGGUGGCGGCCCCAGGGUCCUUCCAGUCGUGGUGGCGCACCCAGGGAUCCUUUCAGGGGCACCGGCGCGCCCAGGGACCCUCACAGGGGCGGCAGCACCCCCAAGGACCCUCCCAGGGAAGGCAGUAUCCCUAG